AUGUUCGGAGCUCAGUCCUCCUCCCCAGCCUUCGGCACCCCUUCCUCCACCCCGGCCUUCGGCGCCCCUUCCUCCACCCCCGCAUUCGGCACCCCUUCGAUCCCGGCGUUCGGCUCCUCACUCUUCUCAACACCCUUUUCUCAGCAAUCCCAACCCCAGCAGCAAACGCCGUCGCUGUUUCAGACACCUCAGCCUCAACAGCAGCAAAGCCCGUUUGGUUUUGCGACGCCGUUUAAUGCACAGACGCAAGCACAAGUUACUCCUUUUAACAAUGCUCUGUAUGCAACGAACUUCACGAAUACGCAGCUGACUACUCAGAUGGCCCCAGUUGCUCCACUUCCAUUUUCUCUGGCGGAUCGUGAUAUUCAGGCAAUUGUGGCUGCAUAUAAAGAGGAGCCUGGAAAUCUUAACUAUGCAUUCAAGCAUUUGUUGUUUAGUGUAACUGAACUUCAGUACAAGAUGAAGCCUGCGGGUGUAUCAGACAUUAUGUGGGCAGAAGCAAUGGCCAAGUUAGAAGGCAUGGAAGCUUCAAAAAGAGAACGCCUAUGGCCGCAACUGGUGCAGGGAUUUAAAGAUCUUUCUCAGCGUCUCAAGCUUCAAGAUGAAGUCAUACUCUCAGAUUCUGAAAGACUUAAGAUGACUCAGACCAAUGUAAAGAUGCUCCAAAGGCAUUUUCAAGCUGACACACUCCCAUGGAUUCAGAGAAUGCAACAGAAAGAGCAAGGCCUUCAGAGGCGACUUUUAAGGGUAAUGAGAAUAAUUGAGGCACUGGAGAGUAAAGGCAGCCGUUUACCUCUAAUGAAGGGCGAAGUAGAAUUAGCAGAGAAGUUGGCUGGCGUAACAAGACAGUUGAAGGGAUCUGGAGGAGAGCUUUCCAGGCGGGUCCAGAAUCUGCUCACACUCUCCCGUCUUCAAGCAGAUGGAUUAAAUGGUGGGUCAGUUUAUCUGCCCGGGUCAACCAAAAUCCAAGAACAAAGUCUAGUUGACAUGCAGGAGGUCUUGCAGCGGCAGACUGAAGCUAUAGCUAGACUGGCCAGUGUGCUGAAACGAGACAUUCGAGAUGUGGAAAUAAUAAUGACCCAUGAUACACCAACGACCCUUGAGUAG